UCAUAGUGGAUAAGCACAAACAUUUGACAACUAUUUUCUUCGGUGGUCACUUUGAUCCUUAUCCUGUUUGCAAUGGAAGUCAUUUCUCGUUCCUCAACCUCAUCGACGUUGAAUCCCAACGCUCCAAUGUUCGUGCCGUUCGCCUAUCGGACGGUGGAGGAUUUCUCCGAUGAAUGGUGGGAUCUGGUUCAUUCUUCCCCGUGGUUCCGUGACUACUGGCUCCGCGAGUGCUUCCAAGAUCCCCAGUACCAAAACGAAGUUCUUGAUUUCGAGUUCGACCUAGAUCUGGAAGAAGACGAGAUCGAAGGAAAGGAGGGAAAAGAGGUGGUGUCUCUGGAGGUGCUGAAAUGGCGAAACUAUGGAGGUGGUUGGGCCGAAGUCCCUAGGUAUGCUGAAAAGGCCCCAAAGUUUGUUAAGCCCAAAGUGAGUCCACGGGCUAUUCACCAGCCCAGGUAGAUCAGCCCGGUCGAGCACGACGGCUUAUGUACAUACAUAAAAGUUUCCGUCUUUAUUGUAAUUUUAGGGUUUUCUUUACAUUCUGCACAGGUUGUCUGUACUGUUUUCAAUUUGAUAAAUUUGGUUUCUUUGACAAUGAUGAUCUUGUAUCAAUUGAGAUAUCUUAACCUUUAUAAUCUAACUAAA